AUGGUACUGGGACACGGACACCAGGGAAAGCUUGAACAGCCCAAUGGAUGCAAUAUUGGACAAUAUUUAUGGAAAAUAUUGGAACCUUACCAUUUGCAAGUGCAAUUGAGUCUUUUUUCGAUCCACCAACUUUAUCAAUGGCGUGAGUGCAAGAUGAGGACACCACAAUAG